GUUAGACGUUUGUGGUAGACAUGGAUCUAAAGGUCUCUAUUGUUAAAAUCACUGAGUUGAUGAAUGUUUCUUCGGCCCCAAUCUGUAUUUAACCCUUCAGGUUUGGGUUAAAAGGUUAAAGAAAACACUUGAAAUUUUGCCAGUUUGUCUAAAAAAGUGAAAUCCUGCUAGGAGUAGACAAACGUAUCAAUUUCUCAGAAGCUGAAGGGUAGGUUUUAGGUUUUGUGUCUUCUGGAAUCUCGUCUGCCAAUUGGGAUCUGUUGUUGAAAUGGCGACUAUAUAUUUGGCACUCUUUUUCAAAGUUGGUUUCCUUUGCCUGGCUAUGUCGACCAAUGUUUGUAAUGGGAACCUCUUUAGCUCACUCAAGUUCACUCGCGAUGCUCUGUUCGGAUUCUCUCGAGUUGUUGCAAAGCCUGCGACCACGAAAUCACCCAUCGAACUUGCUCUCGGCCGGUCGUUUGGAGGCCCCAAGAGACAACCGCAAAGCGUCAAUGUUUACCGACCUUCCAACAAAUUCCUCGAAGUUAUCAACGAGAUCGAAAAAGCCGUAGCAAACGCAGGAGCGAUUGAUAGCCGGCUGCGAGACAACGAGCAGACAAAGACCAAAUUGUCUCGCCUCUUGGCAAACGCGAUAAAAAGUAAAAGCUACAAAUACGCCAGGGAUGUCCUUGGAAAUAUUUUGCAUUUGCUCAGCACAGAGUCUUCGAGGCGUAGAAAAAGGUCUCCCGAAAACGCAGGUACAACGUUUCUUCAAGAACUUCGUCAAACCCUUGGGAACGACACAUUUGAUAGCUUUAUGGCGGUCAAAGGAGAUGUCUCUCUAAUUUUCGUUGUUGAUGAUACAGGAAGCAUGAGCGAUGAAAUUCAAGCCGUGAAAAAGAUCGCAAUUGCUGUGGCAAAUUAUCCGCGUGAGGCACCAGUAGAGUAUAUAUUAUCACCUUUCAAUGACCCAAUGUCAGACGCGGGUGAAAUGGUAACGAAACAGGAUAACCAAUCAAUGGAAUUUGUGCAGGCGAUCGACGCUCUAAAUGCUCACAAAGGAGGGGACUGCCCAGAAUAUACUUUUCAGGGAAUAUUAAAUGCCCUUGGACAGGAACCCCUCCUUGGCUCGCCCAUGUACGUCUUCACUGACUCUGGUCCUAAAGAUGCUACACCUGAAAACAUAGAAGAAGUGAAAAUGUUAGCAGAAGAUGACGAAAUCACAAUCAACUUUCUUUCAACAGGAAGCUGCCAUGGUGAUGAACUCCAUCCAGCUUUUCGCGAACUCUCAGAUUUCACCUCGGGUCAAGCUCUGUUGUUGAAAGACGCAGCAGAAAUCGAAAAGCUUAAGAAUAGCACGGUGAAGGCCUUGGAAGGGACUGCCUUCAUUAGCAUGGGAUCGAGCCUACGGGCCAGGAAGAAAAGAAGCUCGGGGAGACCAAGUCAGUACAGGUUUCCCAUCGAUGAUUCCAUUGAGACAAUGACGAUUUCUGUUAAAACGACUCGACGCGAUACAAAUGGGCAUGGAAUAAUUUUGAAGGAUCCAACAGGUGCCACAGUUACGGCUGAGAAAAUCGUUCUUACCCAGGUCUCUGUCUACCAGAUCACAAAACCUGCGCUGGGUAACUGGACUCUGGAGAUAUCUGACGACACUACAGGGGGGCAUGAGUAUUUUGUUAAGUCAAGCAGCAACACCAACAUCGACUUCAAACACUAUUUCAUGAUUCCGCUCGGGCGUGGUCGCAGGAAAGCUGUUGCGUCUUUUGCAAAUCCAAUUACUGGUUUGUACUACGUAUAUUUUUUCGUAACAAAGGUAGGUUUUAGGUUUUGUGUCUUCUGGAAUCUCGUCUGCCAAUUGGGAUCUGUUGUUGAAAUGGCGACUAUAUAUUUGGCACUCUUUUUCAAAGUUGGUUUCCUUUGCCUGGCUAUGUCGACCAAUGUUUGUAAUGGGAACCUCUUUAGCUCACUCAAGUUCACUCGCGAUGCUCUGUUCGGAUUCUCUCGAGUUGUUGCAAAGCCUGCGACCACGAAAUCACCCAUCGAACUUGCUCUCGGCCGGUCGUUUGGAGGCCCCAAGAGACAACCGCAAAGCGUCAAUGUUUACCGACCUUCCAACAAAUUCCUCGAAGUUAUCAACGAGAUCGAAAAAGCCGUAGCAAACGCAGGAGCGAUUGAUAGCCGGCUGCGAGACAACGAGCAGACAAAGACCAAAUUGUCUCGCCUCUUGGCAAACGCGAUAAAAAGUAAAAGCUACAAAUACGCCAGGGAUGUCCUUGGAAAUAUUUUGCAUUUGCUCAGCACAGAGUCUUCGAGGCGUAGAAAAAGGUCUCCCGAAAACGCAGGUACAACGUUUCUUCAAGAACUUCGUCAAACCCUUGGGAACGACACAUUUGAUAGCUUUAUGGCGGUCAAAGGAGAUGUCUCUCUAAUUUUCGUUGUUGAUGAUACAGGAAGCAUGAGCGAUGAAAUUCAAGCCGUGAAAAAGAUCGCAAUUGCUGUGGCAAAUUAUCCGCGUGAGGCACCAGUAGAGUAUAUAUUAUCACCUUUCAAUGACCCAAUGUCAGACGCGGGUGAAAUGGUAACGAAACAGGAUAACCAAUCAAUGGAAUUUGUGCAGGCGAUCGACGCUCUAAAUGCUCACAAAGGAGGGGACUGCCCAGAAUAUACUUUUCAGGGAAUAUUAAAUGCCCUUGGACAGGAACCCCUCCUUGGCUCGCCCAUGUACGUCUUCACUGACUCUGGUCCUAAAGAUGCUACACCUGAAAACAUAGAAGAAGUGAAAAUGUUAGCAGAAGAUGACGAAAUCACAAUCAACUUUCUUUCAACAGGAAGCUGCCAUGGUGAUGAACUCCAUCCAGCUUUUCGCGAACUCUCAGAUUUCACCUCGGGUCAAGCUCUGUUGUUGAAAGACGCAGCAGAAAUCGAAAAGCUUAAGAAUAGCACGGUGAAGGCCUUGGAAGGGACUGCCUUCAUUAGCAUGGGAUCGAGCCUACGGGCCAGGAAGAAAAGAAGCUCGGGGAGACCAAGUCAGUACAGGUUUCCCAUCGAUGAUUCCAUUGAGACAAUGACGAUUUCUGUUAAAACGACUCGACGCGAUACAAAUGGGCAUGGAAUAAUUUUGAAGGAUCCAACAGAUGCCACAGUUACGGCUGAGAAAAUCGUUCUUACCCAGGUCUCUGUCUACCAGAUCACAAAACCUGCGCUGGGUAACUGGACUCUGGAGAUAUCAGACGACACUACAGGGGGGCAUGAGUAUUUUGUUAAGUCAAGCAGCAACACCAACAUCGACUUCAAACACUAUUUCAUGAUUCCGCUCGGGCGUGGUCGCAGGAAAGCUGUUGCGUCUUUUGCAAAUCCAAUUACUGGAAAAUUAAACAAGAUGGUGUUAAAAUUGCUGGCUGAGGAAGGAAAAGUCAACACUGAUUCUCUUCGCCUACGGAUCGUGACCAAAUCGGGUGCUGUGAUCCGGGAAUUAAAAAUACAGUCACAUGGUAGCACACAUUACGAAACAAGUUUCAUCCCACUCACCACUCCCUUCAGACUCAAACUCACUGGAACCACUGAAAAGGGGCAUACAUUUGAGAGGCUGUCCCAUCGUGAGAUAAAACCAACCACUGCAGUUCUCAGAGCCAAACACGCCAGCAAUGAUUUCACUCUUCCCUUGAAUGUGACCACGUACCUUCAUUUUCAAAUCUGCAACUUCGGUGACAGUGAACUGUUUGAGAUCGUCGUAAAGAAGGACAGUUUGAAUUUCAUCGUGCACCAAAGUGCCAGUUCACAGCGACCCAAACAUGUUGCGAAAGACCGUUGCACCUUGGUGUUCGUUCGUGCUAAAGCCACGCGACCAGAGAACGUGCACAAGACGAAUUCCGUUACCUUGAUUGCUAAAGGGCAGUCCUCAGGUGUCAUCGUUUCACGGGUCAUGAGGCUCUUUGUAGUCAACGCAGAGGGCUAACUGAGUAACCGGCUUUAACAAUAGCUCCCGUAAAAAAAAAACAUGGAGUCUUGAUUUUACUUUGCACACGAGCGCAGCCAAGAUUAGAUAGGGAGCAUAUAAUAAACUAAUACUACUUAUUAGUAACAAGGCCCAAUAAAUGAAUACAUUUGAUGAUGAUAAUAACAGACUACUAAAGCAAACGCGAGUUGAUUUAUUUCAAGUUUAAAAAUACAUCAAUAGAUGUAGCGAACCAGUAACAGAACAGAAUAGAACAAUUAUGGGCGAGGAAAGCCGCGGCUAAAGCUCAAAACGUUGCUAAGAACUUUUCCAUGUUAAAAGCCCGAAGAUUUUACUGUAAAAACGCAUUCUGUAGAAACAAUAUAUGCGAGUCCUGACAGAAACAGAUCUAGUAAAUGCUGUGCUUCAUUAUUUUUUCGACAUAGGGCUGCUCUUGAACAACCCUAACUCCUUGGCACUUUUCCUUCCCCUUGCAGUUAUUCUCCGGAUAAUUUUUUGUAACGCUUGCGUAAAUUCUCUCUCAGCGCUGAGCUAGACACUUUUUCAGCCUCGCACACUCUGUAUGGAAACUGUGAUUUGAUGUGACAAUCUGUCCCGAGACCUCGCAGAGGUAACCAGCUUUUAUAGUUGAGAUUUACCUUAAAAUCACGAUUAAUCAUUAACUAUGUCAGGUUAUGUUAACUUUCCUAGACUUAUAAAGGUAGAAAGUUGCGUUAGUGCCCAUUCUUCCACGAAGUUACGGGGGUGGCGAAUUUAUACAGGCAUCAAUCACCUCGAGAUUUUCUCAACUUGAAGGAAAGGGUUUGCUCAUCAGUAAUAUAAAUGCAUGCUUGAUCAUUUAACUAGUACAGAAGAAACAUAUACAGAGAAAUAGUUUGUUGCAAUUUGCAGCAGGUCAAUAACUUUACCAGCAGCCAGGAAUGUUCAUCUAACAAAUAUAUUUCAGUCGUAGUAAACCGGAAUGUUUAUCUAACAAAUAUAUUUCAGUCGUAGUAAACCGUCAAAAGCUAUUAAAGCACUGAGGUAUUGAAGUUGACUUUCGAAAGAGAUUGCAGGUCGGCUUUCUUCUUUAUUCCAUUUGGAGAACUCUGGAAUUAGUGAAAGAAAAUUAUUUGCAACUUGCUCUAUUUAAUCAGAAAAAGCACGCGAAUUUUCUUAACCAAUCAGGAACAACAACGAUACAUUCUGUGACUUUCCUUUCCCGCGCCUUCCGCUGGCUGCACGUUUUCCCGCACUUGGCGCUGGGUGCAUGUUUUCCCGCGCUUGACACUGGUAAAUGUUCUCCCGCGCUUGGCAUGUUUUCCCGCGCUUGGCGCUAGGUGCAUGUUCUCUCGCGUCUGGCACUGGUUACAUGUUUUCCCGCGCUUGGUGCUGGCGGGACAUUUUCCCGCGUUUGGCGCUGGUUGCAUGUUUUCGCGCUUGGCGUUGGCUACACAUUUUCCCUCGCUUGGCACCGGUUG